GGAGGGGCGCAUUCAAGAUGGCGGCCGCGCUGGCGGAGCAGCAGGGCCCUCGGCGGUGGCGGCGGCGGCGGCAGGGACGACAGCGACGACAGCAACAGCAGCAGCAGCGGGACCCACAGCCGCGGCGGCGACACGAGUGACAGGCGAGUGCGCGCGCCGGUCUGGCCGAGGGGCCGCGGGGAGUCCCCGCCCGCCCGUCGCCCCGGCCCGCCCUGCCCCGCCGGCCCGCCAGCCGCGCCGUCCCCUUGUCGCCCUUCCCUCCUGCACUGGGGGCGCACCCGCCCGCCGCGCCGUAGCCGGCAGUUUCCCAGAACCAUGAUCACUUGUUGGUCUUAAUCUCACAACUCAGUGAAGACUUCUCUCCUGAUAAUGUCAAGUUCAGGCUACCCUCCGAACCAGGGAGCCUUCAGCACUGACCAGAGUCGCUAUCCUGCCCACUCUGCCCAGUAUACCUUUCCAACCACUCGUCACCAGCAGGAGUUUGCAGUGCCAGAAUAUCGAUCCUCUCAUCUUGAAGUCAGUCAGGCAUCUCAACUUUUGCAGCAACAACAACAACAGCAGCAGCAGCAACAGCAGCAGCAGCAGCAGCAGCAGCAACAGCAACAGCAGCAGCAGCAGCAGCAGCAGCAGCAGCAGCAGCUCCGGAGGCGACCUUCCCUGCUUUCGGAAUUUCAUCCAGGCUCUGAUAGGCCUCAAGAAAGGAGAACUGGAUAUGAACAAUUUCAUCCAGGUCCUUCCCAGGUGGACCAUGAUUCCCUGGAAGCUAAGCGACCUCGGCUGGACCAGGUUUCUGACACACAUUUUCAGCGGGUCAGUGCUGCUGUCUUGCCUUUAGUACACACACUGCCAGAGGGGCUGCGGGCAUCUACAGAGGUUAAGAAGGAUCCAACUUUUGGAAGCAAACAUGAAGCCCCAUCUUCUCCUCUUUCUGGCCAGGCCUGUGGAGAUGACCAGAAUGCCUCACCUUCAAAGCUUUCAAAGGAAGAGUUAAUACAAAGCAUGGAUCGGGUAGAUCGAGAAAUUGCAAAGGUAGAACAACAGAUUCUAAAACUGAAAAAGAAACAACAACAACUUGAAGAAGAAGCUGCUAAACCUCCAGAGCCAGAGAAGCCUGUGUCCCCUCCUCCCGUGGAGCAGAAACACCGCAGUAUUGUCCAAAUUAUUUAUGAUGAAAAUAGGAAAAAAGCAGAAGAAGCUCAUAAAAUUUUUGAAGGUCUUGGCCCCAAAGUUGAACUGCCACUUUACAACCAACCAUCUGAUACCAAGGUGUACCAUGAAAACAUCAAGACUGGAGCACCUGCAAGGCGCAUGAUGAAAAACCAGGUGAUGAGGAAAAAACUCAUCUUAUUUUUUAAAAGAAGAAAUCAUGCAAGAAAGCAAAGGGAACAAAAAAUCUGCCAGCGUUAUGAUCAGCUCAUGGAGGCAUGGGAGAAAAAAGUGGACAGAAUAGAGAAUAAUCCUCGGAGGAAAGCUAAGGAGAGUAAAACCAGAGAAUACUAUGAAAAACAAUUUCCAGAAAUUCGAAAGCAAAGGGAACAACAAGAGAGAUUUCAGAGGGUUGGACAGAGAGGAGCUGGUCUUUCUGCCACCAUUGCUCGAAGUGAGCAUGAGAUAUCUGAAAUCAUUGAUGGCCUCUCUGAGCAGGAGAACAAUGAAAAACAAAUGCGUCAACUCUCUGUCAUUCCACCCAUGAUGUUUGAUGCCGAACAAAGAAGGGUGAAGUUUAUCAACAUGAAUGGUCUCAUGGAGGAUCCCAUGAAGGUUUAUAAAGACAGGCAGUUCAUGAAUGUUUGGACUGACCAUGAAAAGGAGAUCUUUAAGGAAAAGUUUGUCCAGCAUCCAAAGAACUUUGGCCUUAUUGCUUCCUAUUUGGAAAGAAAGAGUGUGCCAGACUGUGUUUUAUAUUAUUAUUUGACCAAGAAAAAUGAGAAUUAUAAAGCCCUAGUCAGAAGGAAUUACGGGAAGCGCCGAGGAAGAAACCAGCAACAAAUUGCUCGACCUUCGCAAGAAGAAAAGGUAGAAGAAAAAGUUGAAGAAGAUAAAACUGAAAAGACAGAAAAAAAAGAAGAAGAAAAAAAAGAUGAAGAUGAAAAAGAUGAGAAAGAGGAAUCCAAAGAAAGCACCAAAGAGAAGGAUAAGACUGAAGGCACCUCAGAAGAAACAGAGGAACGGGAGCAAGCCACACCUCGGGGUCGAAAAACAGCCAACAGUCAAGGUCGCCGUAAGGGUCGCAUUACCAGGUCCAUGACCAAUGAAGCUGCGCAGGCCAGUGCAGCCGCCGCGGCUGCUACUGAAGAGCCGCCAACUCCACUGCCACCUCCCCCCGAGCCUGCUUCUGCCGAACCUGUGGAGACUUCACGCUGGACAGAAGAAGAGAUGGAAGUUGCUAAAAAAGGCUUAGUUGAACACGGUCGGAACUGGGCAGCAAUUGCCAAAAUGGUGGGAACUAAAAGUGAAGCCCAGUGUAAAAACUUUUACUUCAACUACAAAAGGCGUCAUAACCUGGACAACCUCCUGCAGCAGCACAAGCAGAAAUCUUCCAGAAGACCCCGUGAGGAGCGUGAUGUGUCCCAGUGUGAGAGCAUCGCUUCUACUGUUUCUGCUCAGGAGGAUGAAGACAUAGAAGCUUCCAAUGAAGAAGAAAAUCCAGAAGACAGUGAAGGUGCUGAAAAUAGCUCUGACACAGAGAGUGCACCUUCUCCCUCCCCAGAUGAAGGUACUAAGCCAGCUGAGGAUCCAACUGAAAAUGCCACUUCUGGGUUAGCAAGCGAGGUCCCAGGGGAACUGGAGUCCACUACAGGGGGACCCAGUGCAUCUCCCACACCUGUCAUUCCAAGUGCAAAGCCAGGGGCUGGACAGGAGGCUUUGGAAGCCCAGGUAAAAGAGGAAAUCAAUGAAGAUCCCGAAGAGCCCAUGGAAAUUGACAGCGUGAGCCCCUCUGCUGAAGAUCAGCAAACCAAAGCUGAGCCUGUUGAUGUGGAGAUGACAGUGCUAGAUGGGCUUGAGGUGAAGACAGAGAAUGAUGCCAAAGAAGGGGACUUGCAACGAUCCAAGGAAAAGAUGCAGCCUGUAGAGUCAAGCUUUUCUGUAGCCCAGACUUCAAGUACCCUGAGGCCUGAGUCUAGGUCUGACAAUGACUCCAGUGCUACUUGUAGUGCAGAUGAAGAUGUAGAUGCAGAGCCUCCUGAGCGUCAGAGGAUGUUUCCUGUGGACUCCAAGCCUUCACUGUUAAACCCUACUGGAUCUGUUUUAGUCUCUUCUCCUAUAAAACCAGCUACAAUGGAUUUACAACAGCUUCAUCAUCGAGCUGCUGUCAUACCACCAAUGGUCUCCUGUGCCCCCUGUAAUGUAGCUGUUGGUGCCCCUGUGAGUGGCUAUGCUCUUUUUCAGAGGCACAUCAAGGCCAUGCAUGAGUCAGCCCUCCUGGAGGAGCGGCAGAGGCAAGAACAGCUUGAUCCAGAUUGCCGGCGUUCUGUCAGUCCAAAUGUUGAAUGGGAAGGAAAAUCAGUCGCCUUUCUGCCCCAUGCUGAGGUCAAACGUGCCCUAGAACAGGAAGCGCAGAUGCAAAACCCUGCAGCAAAGUCAGCCUCACUGCAUAGGCUCUCUCCGAGAGAAGUCAGUAAAGCAUCUCCACAGCCUGAUAGGAGUGCCGCUCGCUCUAGUGUCCCACCAGUCCUCCAGCCUGCGCCACAUCAAGUGAUUACGAGUCUCCCUGAUGCAGCACGGCUUCCAGCAACAAGACCCACCAGGCCACCUCCUCCACUCAUUCCUUCUUCCAAAACCACUGUGACUGCAGAAAAACCAUCUUUCAUUAUGGGAGGUUCAAUCUCACAGGGAACCCCAGGCACCUAUUUAACCUCUCAUUGCCAAGCUUCUUACACACCAGAGCCAGCAAAGCCUUCAGUUGGGUCAAUAUCUCUUGGAUUGCCUCGACAACAGGAACCAACCAAGCCUGCUGGCUCCUUGCCCUAUAUCAAGCAGGAGGAAUUCUCACCCCGAGGUCAGGCCUCCCAACCUGAGGGCUUGUUGGUCAGAGCCCAGCAUGAAGGUGUUGUCCGAGGUACGACAGCAGCAAUCCAAGAAGGAAGUAUCACUCGAGGAACCCCAGCUAGCAAAGUUUCUGUUGAAAGCAUCCCCUCCCUCCGGGGCUCAAUCACUCAGGGUACUCCAGCUCUGUCCCAGUCUGGCAUACAAACAGAAACAGUGGUGAAGGGAGCAAUUGCUAGACUCUCCAUGGAAGAUAAUAGCCCUGAGAAGAGCCGAGAGGAAGCCAUCUCCAAAGGCCACGUGAUUUAUGAAGGGAAGAGUGGACACAUCUUGUCAUAUGACAAUAUUAAGAAUGCUCGAGAGGGAACCAGGAGUCCAAGGGCUGCUCAUGAAAUCGGUUUAAAAAGAAGCUAUGAUUCCAUGGAAGGAAACAUAAAACAGGGGAUGUCAGUGAGGGAAUCUCCUGUGUCAGCCCCAUUGGAAGGGUUGAUAUGCCGUGCUCUGCCCAGGGGGAGCCCUCAUUCUGAUCUUAAAGAGAGAACAGUUUUGUCUGGUUCUAUAAUGCAAGGUACACCAAGAGCCACAACUGAAAGCUUUGAAGAAGGCCUUAAAUAUUCCAAGCAGAUUAAAAGAGAGAGUCCUCCCAUCCGAGCAUUUGAAGGAGCUAUAACAAAAGGAAAGCCCUAUGAUGGAGUCACCACCAUCAAAGAAAUGGGACGUUCAAUUCAUGAAAUUCCAAGACAAGAUCUUUUAAGUCAGGAAAGCCGAAAAACUCCAGAAGUCAUCCAGAGCACCAGGCCCAUCAUUGAAGGUUCCAUUUCUCAGGGUACACCUAUAAAAUAUGAAAGUAGCUCUGGUCAAUCUGCUAUUAAACAUAAUGUCAAGUCCCUAAUCACAGGCCCCAGUAAACUCCCUCGUGGAUUAUCUCAGUUGGAAAUGGUUCCCGAGAACAUCAAAGUGGUUGAACGUGGAAAAUAUGAAGAUGUCAAAGCUGGAGAACCAAUCCGUUCCCGGCAUACAUCAGUUGUUAGCUCAGGGCCCUCUGUUCUAAGGUCAACACUUCAUGAACCUCCCAAAGCACAACUGAGUCCUGGGAUUUAUGACGACACCAGUGCAAGGAGAACACCUGUGAAUUAUCAGAGCACCAUGUCCAGAGGUUCCCCCAUGAUGAACAGAACUUCUGAAGCUGCCGUUUCUUCUGGGAAGUCUGCAAAUCAUGAAAGGAAGUCCACACUUACUCCUACUCAAAGAGAAAGUGGACCAUUACCGUCUAAGUCUCCAGUCCCAGGAGUGGAUCCUGUCGUCACCCACAGCCCCUUUGAUCCCCACCACAGAGGCAGUGCACCAGGGGAGGUCUAUCGAAGCCACCUUCCUACACACCUGGAUCCAGCGAUGCCAUUUCACAGGGCACUGGACCCUGCAGCUGCUGCAUACCUGUUCCAGAGACAACUUUCCCCAACACCAGGUUACCCAAGUCAGUAUCAGCUUUAUGCAAUGGAAAACACAAGGCAGACAAUUCUAAAUGAUUAUAUUACCUCACAACAGAUGCAAGUUAAUUUGCGCCCUGAUGUAGCCAGAGGACUCUCCCCACGAGAGCAACAAUUAGGUCUCCCAUAUCCUGCCACUAGAGGAAUCAUUGACUUGACCAAUAUGCCUCCCACCAUCUUGGUGCCUCAUCCUGGGGGAACAAGUACUCCUCCAAUGGAGCGAAUCACUUACAUACCAGGUACCCAGCUGACCUUCCCUCCUAGACCUUACAAUCCUGCUUCAAUGUCUCCAGGCCACCCUUCACAUCUGGCUGCAUCUGCUGCUGCUGCAAAUGUGGAGAGAGAACGUGAGCGAGAAAGAGAGAGGGAGAAGGAGCGAGAGCGGGAGAGGGAAAGAGAGAGGGAGAGAGAGCGGGAGAGAGAACGAAUGGCUACUGUCUCUUCAGAGUUAUACCUUCGUCAAGGUUCUGAGCAGCCUGGAAGGCCUGGCAGCCAUGGCUACGUCCGCUCCCCUUCCCCCUCAGUGAGGACACAAGAAAAUAUUCUACAGCAAAGAUCCACGAUUUUCCAAGGACCCAACGGAACCAGCGUCAUCACCCCCUUGGAUCCUGCUGCCCAGCUGCGCAUCAUGCAGCUGCCCCCUGGCGGGCCUUCCCUAACUCCAGGCUUACCUGCCUCCCGCUACAACACUGCUGCAGAUGCCUUGGCUGCCCUGGUGGAUGCAGCUGCUUCUGCCCCUCAGAUGGAAGUGACCAAAGCAAAGGAGAGCAAGCAUGAAACAUCCAGGCUGGAGGAGAACUUGAGGGGCAGGUCAGCAAUGGUUAGUGAGCAGCAGCAGCCGUCACCACUGGAGCAGAAAACCCUGGAGGGUGACAAGAGGUCUGCCCAGUGCCCGUACACCUCCUCGGCUUUCCCAAGCGGCAAGCCCCAGGGCCAGUCCUCUUCGAUCGUCUAUUCAGAGGCUGGGAAGGAGAAAGUCCCCCCUCCUAAAUCUCGGUAUGAGGAGGAGUUAAGGACGCUGGGGAAGACCACAAUCACUGCGGCCAACUUCAUUGACGUCAUCAUCACCAGGCAAAUUGCCUCAGACAAGGACGCACGAGAACGUGGCUCUCAGAGCUCCGACUCUUCUAGUAGUUUGUCAUCUCAUCGAUAUGAACCACCUGGAGAUGCUAUUGAGGUGAUAAGCCCUGCCAGUUCACCAGCACCACCCCAGGAAAAACUGCAGGCCUACCCGCAGGAGGCUGCUAAGACGACCCCAGCUGAAAGUGAUCCCAGUAGACAGUACGAUGGAUCGCUGCCUCGAUACCGAUCCCAACAGGAGUCUCCAUCUCCACAGCCACAACUGCCACCACCACCAACUUCUUCCCAAGCAGAAGGAAUGGGACAGGUUCCCCGGACCCAUCGCCUCAUCACCCUCGCCGACCAUAUCUGUCAAAUUAUUACACAAGAUUUUGCUAGAAACCAAGUUGCCUCGCAGGCUUCCCAGCAGCCUCCCACUUCUACAUUCCAGAAUUCAGCAUCUCCUUUAGUAUCUACUCCUGGGAGGGCAAAAGCAUCGAGCCGGUACAGUCCAGAAACCCAGCCUCAGGCUGUUCUUCAUCCUCGGCCUGGCUCCAGGGUGUCUCCUGAGAAUCUCUCUGAUAAAUCCAGGACAAGGCCUGGAAAAUCUCCAGAAAGAAGUCAUGUCUCUUCAGAGCCCUAUGAGCCAAUCUCCCCACCUCAGGUUCCAGUCAUCCAUGAGAAGCAAGACAACAUCCUGCUUCUCUCUCAGAGCGCAGUGCCUGCCGAACAGAGGAAUGAUUCCCGCUCACCAGGAAGCAUAAGCUACCUGCCUUCCUUCUUCACCAAGCUGGAAAACACUUCACCCAUGGUGAAAUCAAAGAAGCAGGAAAUUUUUCGUAAGUUGAACUCCUCUGGUGGAGGUGACUCUGACAUGGCAGCUGCUCAGCCAGGAACUGAAAUCUUUAAUCUGCCAGCAGUCACUACCUCAGGCUCAAUCAGUUCUAGAGGUCAUUCUUUUGCGGAUCCUGCCAGCAAUCUGGGUCUAGAAGACAUAAUAAGGAAGGCACUCAUGGGAAAUUUUGAUGACAAAGGAGAAGAUCACGGAGUUGUCUUGGCACAACCUCUGGGAGUAGUAUCAGGUGGUUCAAACCCAUCCAUGUUGGGCAAUAGUGAAACACGACGAGAAGAAACAAACCCAUCACCUAAUUCUGGUGGGGGAGUUGGCAAACCGAAGCUAAUUGGCAAGUCAAAUAGUAGGAAGUCUAAAUCUCCUAUUCCUGGGCAGGGCUACUUAGGAACAGAGCGGCCUUCUUCAGUUUCAUCUGUCCAUUCAGAAGGAGAUUAUCACAGGCAGACACCUGUGUGGGCCUGGGAAGAUAGGCCGUCUUCAACAGGGAGGAGGAUCGUGGAAGAUUAUGAGCAGUAUCGCCUCAUAAGACAGUAAGGAGAUGUGGAGAGAAAAGCAAGAUUAAAAGAAGCAUGGAUAAAGACCUGACUGAGCAAAGUCAUCCUGAAGACUUGGAAUGAUGGGAUUGGGAGGAAAACAGACAAAAAUGGAAGCUCUUUGUAAAGACUUUUUAUCACAAACUCUUUUCAUCAUGAAGGCCAAUGGGGCCACCACCUUUGGACUAGCAUCCUAGUCUCUGACAUGUACUGCAUGAGGAAGCAGAAAUGGCACUCAAAGGAAACCAAGCUGAACUAAACCAAGGGUACACAGAAGAGAUCCAUGCUGGAGGCAACCCAGUUUACAGGUAUCUGUAAGAGGGAAGGGACACGAAAGGCAUAGAGAGAACUCAGACUUUGCGGCUCAGAAAGGGGGACCAAGAGAAUUUCAUUAUUUAUUGUCCCAUAUCCCUACUUUCCUAUCUGUACAAAAUGUUUGUGAUGAUCUAUACAUACAUAGGAGGGCAUCUCUAGAGAGAGAAAAAGGGAACAGGCUGGCUUUUUCGCUAAGGGUAGAGAGUACAGGACCCUUGCUUACACUCUCAUGAUUACUUAAAAACAAAAACAAAUUGAUUCAAUAGGGACAAAAUACUAUCUUCAAGGAUCUUCUCCAGCAAUGUGCAUCCCAUACAUGUCAGGCAUACAAGAGCCCUCGAAAGAGAGAGCAUGUAGUUUUGUUUAAAAAAAAAAUCUAAUUUGUUAUCAUCAAGGAAAAGGGGGGGAAAUACCAGGAAAUAAAUGACAGAGCUAAGUCCAGUGCAGAUCUUAAUCAACCACAAGCAUUUAUUAAGUGACUAUUUACCAGACACCAUCCUUAGGUGCUGGUGAUUUGGUUACUCAAAGAACUUAGAUUCCACUGAAGGGAAACUACAUGUAUGCAGGUGAGUAUAAACACUAAUGACAGAGGGAAUCAGAAAGGGGUUCUCAUAGGGGCAUUUAAGCUGCCCCUUAAGGAGUUCAGAGAAACAGACCCCUGGAGUAUGAGGUUCUGUUUGUGUGAAGGUGCCCAGGGAGCGUUGGAAAGCCAUGUUUGGGGAAGCACAAGGAGGCCAAUUUGACUAUAGCGCUUGAGGGGGAGAGUUAAAUAAAAUCAGACUGGCACCAGAAUGCAGGCUUUAAAUCCUGUGAAGACUCUGUCUUUGUAUUUUGUCCUAAUGGCACUAGCUAGCCACUGGAGCAGAGGACUGAUGUGAUCAGACUGAAUUAGAGGGUAAGAAAUAUGUUUGUGGAUGGCCUCAUGCUGAUUGCAAAAAAGGCCCAGAGCACAUCUUAGCUGAGAUCCAUAAUCCAAAGAAUUCAGCCAAACUCUUGAUAUGUAAAGCCAAGUGGCUGAAGCAUGCCUGCUAUGUAGUAGAUGAGGGGCAGUUGGCUAAUUUCAUAGUUUGUCCAUCACUACCUCUGUCAAGGACAAAUAACGUAUGUUAGCAAGGAGUUGGGCCCAGAAUAAAAACUAGGGAGAGAGUGGGCUAAGUUGACUUUAGGAAAGUUUACAGUGUUUUUCCUGAAGCAAAGGCCCAGCUCUUGACCCCUGUAUUCCUCCAGUAAUGCUGUAUUGCUGUGUCCUGGAAUAUCACACUCUCCAAAGAUGUAGAGUGGAGGAUCACCCAGAGGGCAGCAUUGAGCUUCAUGGACAGAUAAAGAAUUGCACUUGAGAAGUGGUGUAAAGGUUAUCACCAAAGAAAUGCAUAACCAGAGGGGCCCGGUCAUGUGGGGAAGCCAGGGGCCAUAACAGGGGACAGCCACCACAUUCCAUUGCACCCCACACGGUGUCAAACGAUAAGAAGUCGUCUCUUGGCAUGUUGGUGGGGUGCUGCUGGGACAGAUGUGCAGGAGCACAGAGGUGGAUGUGCUGGGACCUGCACUGCUGGAAGAGGCACCUUCUGAAGAAGAUGGUCGGUCCAUCACAGUGUAUUUAGUGACAUUUAUAGGUUGGCAUCAGACUCGGAGAACUGGAAGGGAUACAGAGAUUUCCAGCCCAAAGCCUCUAAGCAGGUCAAUUAAAAAAAAAAAUUCUCAUUUUAGUUUCAGCUUCCUUUCCAAUUAUAUCCCUUCCCAUUCUCUCCCCUUAGAUCCCUUAGGGCAGAAUAAACAGAGGAAAACUAUUCAGUAAAAUUAAUCAAACUCAACAGUAUAUAUAGUGUUCUUUGUUACUGGCACCCACCCCCGCGAAAAUGGCAGGUUCAUUCUCAUGUUUCAGGGUCAAAUUUAGUCAUAAAUAAACAACAUUCAGUUUUAAUUUUUUUUCUGUUUAUAUUGUUGUGGUCUUUAUCUAUCUACCUACCUAUCUAUCUAUCUAUCUAUCUAUCUAUCUAUCUAUCUAUCUAAUUUCUCUGGUUCUACGGUGUUCGUUCGUAAACUGUCCCCAAAAUACUGUUUGUUUCACCUUUAUGGCACACUUCAUGUUCUUGUGUACCAUGGUAGAGGCCUCUGAAAAGGAUUCUAUUUGAACUCUAGGCUGAUGGUGACCGUAUAAAAUUAAUGCGGAUUGUAAAUUAGUGUUAGAAUUUACCUAACUAGCCUCCGCUAGCUCCUCCCACUUGAUUUGUCAGUUAGAUAACGGUCAUAUCAUUAUGGCUUAGUUCUUUGGCCAAUAUUCCUCAGAGCUAGCACAGAAAGGAAAGAGCCUUGGACUUGGGGACUCGAAGAACUGGGUUUUGGAUGACUGGUAAUAGUGGACAAGUCAUGAUUUUUGUCCUUCCUGCCUCACAAGGUUGUGGUGGUGAAAGUGCUUUGUAAAGCUGAAAGCGCUACCCAAAUGUGACGUUCUUAUAUUGUAAGGAUUUGGGAACAGUGAAUGUCAGCAGAAGACCUCUUCCUGCAGGCAAAUUAGUCUGACAACUUCUAGCCCAGAGAAACAAUCGUCUCCAAGUUCUCUAGCAAUUGAGAAUUCUGUGCUCUUUGGUGGAAGGGGCAGGGGUACGAGUUGCUGGGGGAUUUAAGGGAAAUGAUCAUAGACCUCAGUGAACCCAAGAAUUCCCAUGGCCUGCUCCUUCACCAGCCUGUAGCCUCAUCUUCCGCACUGCCCUCUCUGACUUGUAUCCAGGGCAGCUACUUCCUUUGCCCUGUCCUUGCCCAUUAGGCCCAUUCUCUCUAGUAAUGGACUUCAGAAAUCUCCUAAGCACUAUUCUUCUGGUAACAAUGUGCCAUAAAGCCAUUCUUCAGUUUUCUUUUUUUUCAUAUUCAAUAAAAGUGAUUUAAAUCCUU